AUGUCAGACAAAGACUUGGAGAAUGAAGCAGUGGCUGAAAAACACACCUACUACUUUCAAGAUAAUAAGUAUUACCAAAAAGCUUUAGAUGUCUCUUAUCGGCUUUUGCCUUUCAAACAAUCGAUGUCUAAAAAGUGGGUCCUCACUGUCAUAUUUAGUAUUAUUCUAUCAUUGCUUUCAUUUUGCUUGUUCUUGUUUGUUCGAUACCGCUAUUCAAACGAUUCCAUCAGAUCCUUUGACUAUUUCAUCGAAGAAGAAGAAAGUGUGACAUUGACACCAAUUGAUGGAGAACCUAUGAAUGUAUUGGAGACCCAAUAUGAAAGGAUUCCCUGGGAGGCAAAAACAAGGAAUAGUACAGUGUUCGAGAACCAGAAAUUAGAAAACGCAUUGAGUGCUACUAUCACUAAGUUUGAAGACUUCGAAUUUGACUCUGUUUAUUUGACACUAAACAUCACCAACAAUGAUGGAGACAACACUGAAAAUGUCAAUGUGAUUGAAAUCUCCAUCGAUGGUCAUCCAGUAUGGAGAAGUUCCACACCUUUUUCUAGGACAGGUACUACAACUUACUCAAGCACGACUAAAGACAUUUCCAAGUAUAUUUCACUCUUCGGUAAAAAUAUCAACCAAUUCAAAGUACAAAUCUUGGAAGGAAGCCAUGACAAAAUUAGUUUUUCGCUUUCUCUUACAUUAGCUAACUGCGAAAAAGAAAAACCUGCUAUAGAUUCUCCAAUCACAGUGCGUUCGCUUUUCAAUUCGACUGAGCCUGCUAACGAUAUAAUAGCGUUGACCAAAGCAAAUGGAGAAGUAUUUGACAUGUCGAAGAACGACAAGUUCAUAGUUGAAUUACCAAAGUUCAGCGGAAAGACAUUUGCUGCCGACCUAGAAUUAUUUGUCUCCGCUGGAAAGUCUGACGUCGAAUUUUUCAAAAAUAGAAAUUCUCCGUUUCGUCGUUUGAACAUUUUCAUUAAUGAAGAACUAAUUGCUGUUAUCGAACCAAAAGCUACCUUGUUUCACUCCAACUCCAUCAUUCCCAGUGCUUACUCUGGACCCAUCGCUCCUUCUGGUAGCUUCACCGGACUUAUUUAUGAAGUAAAUUUGGCUACCUUUUUGCCACUUUUAUGGGAUCAGAAAUCCAACUUAGAAGUUCAACUUGUUUCACCAGUCAACGAUAUGUUUCCCUUGGAGGUCGAAAACGUAUUUUCCCUGACGGACGAUCAUAGUGUUAACAGCUUUACAUUUCUGUCUCCUGUAAAGCCAACAUUGAAGGACGAUAAUCAAGUCAAUGCAGAAUGGUACAUAUCUGGCAAUAUCUUACUAUGGGAAAACGAAGACAUUUUGACUUCUCAAGGCGAGAUAUUGAAGUCUGAAACCAACGAAACUCAUGAGGCUUCUUUAUUUUAUAGAAGAGACCGCGACAAAGUAGCUUCUAGUGUACAACAUAUUGAUUCUUACCAUCUGUCGACUCUUCAAUUUUCUUUGAAGAACGAAUCCCUACUAACCUUCACUGUGAAUCAAGAUGAUGAAAUUAGGGGCUAUUUUAUUGAGGACCGGCGUGAAAGAAACAUUUCACUCGAUGAUUACGGCUUGCGUAGGUAUAGCACGCGGCGUGUACUGUUAGAGGUCUUUGACGGAAAUUCCAUUGACCGGUUAUUCCACAUACAACGUAUGUUUGUAUGGAACACAAGAAGUGUGUUCUCUAUAUCUGAUGAAAAUGCUCGAUGCUUAUAUUCCGCUAGAAUUGGUUAUGACGAGAAUCUGAAGGUAUUUGUUGCUUAUAUGGUUCCAACCAGGCACGUAUAUGCACGACUGAUUCGAAAUGAGCCUUCAAGUACCUGGGCAAAAGACUAUCUAGUCGGUAAUGAAUUCUUGCUGAGGUUUGGGUCUAUCCGGGAUUCAAUACAUAAGUCGAGAGUACUCGCAUUCAAAUUUAACGACGUUCAAGUGUGCUGA